AGACAGUCAGACCCUAGGUGAGAGCCAGCUAGUGGAGCCAUCCUCCUUCAUAAUCAGCUGUUGUGCCACAAUGUCCAAACCGAGGUUUCAGACGGAGUGGGAGGAAAUGGACGAGGAAUAUCAACAACUACAGGAAACUCACAAAGUGUACAGACAAAAACUUGAGGAGCUCACCAGCCUUCAGACAACAUGCAGCAGCGCCAUCAGUAAACAGAAAAAAUGCCUGAAAGACCUAAGGUGGAGUUUGACGAAGUGUUCCAAAACAUGUGACGAGCAAGAACUGAAACUAAUAGCGGAUAUGAAAACACAAAUAAAAGAUAAAGAAAAUGUGUUCUUUGAUAUGGAAGCGUAUUUGCCGAAGAAAAACGGACUGUACCUGAAUCUGGUCCUGGGCAGUGUGAACGUAACGCUUCUCAGCAACCAGGCAAAAUUUGCCUAUAAAGACGAGUAUGAGAAGUUCAAGCUUUAUAUGACAAUAAUCCUGAUGUUUGGAGCAAUAAGCCUCUUCUUCCUCAACUACCGAGUCACUGAUGAAAUCUUCAACUUUUUGCUGGUGUGGUACUACUGCACAUUGACUAUACGGGAAAGCAUCCUCAUGAGCAAUGGCUCCAGGAUCUACGGUUGGUGGGUGUUUCACCAUUAUGUCUCCACCUUUCUGUCGGGUGUGAUGCUCACAUGGCCAGAGGGACCAGUGUAUCAGAUGUUCAGAAGCCAGUUCCUCGCUUUCUGCAUUUAUCAGAGCUUUGUUCAGUACCUCCAGUAUUACUACCAGAGGGGCUGCUUAUACCGGUUGCGAGCAUUGGGAGAGAGAAAUCAGCUGGACCUCACAGUGGAGGGAUUUCAAUCCUGGAUGUGGAGAGGCCUCACUUUCCUUUUGCCAUUCCUCUUUUGUGGCCAUUUUUGGCAGCUCUACAACUCACUGACUCUGUUUCGCUUGGGAGGACAUGAGGACUGUAAGGAGUGGCAGGUAAUUAUGCUGUCACUGACAUUCUUUGUCUUGUUCCUGGGAAAUUUCUUCACCACAUUGCAAGUGGUCAACAAAAAAAUUCAGACAAACCAGGAGAAAAAAGACUAAGACUGAAACCUCAUAGAUUAUUACCAACGGCCAGUAGUUUUGAAACGACGCGCACAAUGGCUUGAAAGUGACCACGGCACGGUUAUGCUGGCAGAAGUUGGAGCAAACUGUUUCUCUCAGGCUGGGAUGGCGGCACCGUCCAGCCAAAGUGUCUGGCCGACAGGCUUCUGCUUUCUAAUGAAUCGUUGUCGAUGUUGCUGCAAAGUCAGAGUGGUGAGUUCCACUGAUAUACGGACAGUUUGACUCUUUAUCAUGUACAUAAAAACUGAGCGGGAAGACCGCUUUCAUUUGGGUGUUUGUGUCAGCGCAUGAAUCUCUCGGAGAGCCUUUUGUUCAAAUCAUAUGCAACUGAAAAAGGGCAGGUAGCAUCGAUCUACAGAACAGAGCAUAGAUUGCCUUUGAAGACAAAACGUCUGUCAUGCACUUCAUACUGACGUCUGUGAAAUGGUCAAACUGUCUCUGGCUUGAACAAAAUCGGACAUGUUCACGCGCUGCACUUCAUUUCUUGAAUUAGUUUGUGUAGUUUUGAACUCCUUGUUGUGCUAUUUCACUGCUAAACAGUAUUUCUUACUAAACUUGUAGGUCAACAACUUAAAAAAACAAAAGUGAUACCUUACUGCCCUUCAAUUACAGAAAACAUUGUGUCUUUUUUUCCUAAGUCAGUGGUGGCUAUAUUCUUGUUUUCAACUUUUACAAAAGGGAAAACAACACUGUUACUUCUCCCUUCAGCCAUAACUGUGUAUUUUUGUAUGAUGUUACACCUAAAUGUGCUGCUACAUGAAAACAGAUGUAAAAAGUGUGUGCUGCUCCCAGUAAGGAUCCAAAUAUGUUUUUUAAAGAACUCUUCCAAGGCCAUUUAUGUUCUCAUUAACAUAAUGCUUACAUUUUGAUACAUGGACCAUUAGUAAAAACCUGAUAAAUCUAAUGCUUCCUUCAAGCUUGAUAAACAUUUGAACACAGAGCUAUGCACAGAGAUGUCUCAUUACUGUGGUAAAACUAAUGACAUGUCUUAGGUGAAUUGAAGAAAUGAAUUUUGAUCAAAUGCUGCUAUUAUUGCCGGUACUGUAAGAAUAAGAUAACAAAAUCAUGAUUUUAAAAGUGCUAAAUUGUUUUUCUAAUUCAAAUCAACAUCACUAAAUAAAAUAUUUGUAUGAAUUAACUUAUGGCAGAACCUGAAACUUUUGCUCUCAUUCACUGUAAUGUUUUGUUUCAUGUUUGUGUAAAAAAAACAACUAUAAUGUUAUUUUGAGCAAUGUUGGGUCUAUAAUGCCUUAUUUCCCCUCCAGCUUGUCACUGCAACAAAAGUCCUUUUUAUUUUGAAGAUCUAAAGAUGGUAGUGUUUUUUAAUGGCAUUUCCCUCAACGCUAUCAUGCUGAAGAGAUUCAAAAUAUUUACAAAUCGCUUUUAUUGAGGGAAAAUGAAGUAUGUUUAUUCAACAUGUUACUUUUGAUGUAAGCGUUGCCAAGAUGCACAGAACUUGAUUUCCUCAUUUUUAUGAUGUAGCUGAUGUUAAACAAUGUUUUCACCGUUCACUUCAAGACUAACUGGUGCUUGAGUAACGUGACCAGUAACAAAUCCUCAAUCUGUGUUCAUUGUUGUAUAAAGUAUAUUAAUAAUUAAACACCGAAUCAAACAUU